AUGGUGUCGGCCGUAAAUUCGAAUGAAAUCGGUGCGGAUGUCAAUAUCCUACAGGAAGCGGAAUGUUUUCAAAAAGACUUCGAAGGUGGUUUAAUAUCCGGAGCGGUAAACGUUGCUGUCAAUGAGAUCAACAAUAAUCCGAACUUAUUGCCAGGGUUUCAUAUACAACCAAUGUUUGAAAACACUUGCGGAAGUGAGAAGAAAAGUGAGUUUUCUUAACAUAUUUACAAAUCGUUAAACCUUUAGAAAAUUAAAAUUUUAAUACUGUUUAGAUAAAGUUAAAAUUACAGUAAUUAAAAGUUAGAAAAAGUAAUACUCUUUUUUUAAAAAUUCGACUUGCUUUUUAUGACAAACACAAAUGCAUUAGAGAAAUUAUUGAAUAAUUUUUUUAGGUACCCGAAUAUUUAUGGAGCAUUGGAGUCAAGGUGCCAAAGUUUUUAUAGGGCCGGAAAUGAACUGCAGAGUGGAAGCCGCUAUGGCAGCCGCACAAAACAUUCCGAUUUUAAGCUACAAGUGCAAAGACCAACAUCUUUCUAACAAAAAGAAGUAAGUAUAAGCUAGUACACGUUUGUGUACACAAUGAUUAAAAGAAGUGUCAUAAUGACGUAUAAAUUUAAUAAUUAAAAGUAUGCAAAAUUUACUUACAAAAUAUAGUUCUUGGAAUAAACCUACGUAAAUAUUCUGCUGUGUAUUAUGCUAUGGCAACGAAGUAGUGUCAUAGGAUGAUACGGUAAUUAGGGCUUUAAACUAUGGAUUUGUUCAAAUAUUUUCCGGAAAUUGGGAAUUAAUUUAUUUGCUUAAAUUAAGACUUGCAUUUUCAUACAUGUAAACUAAGGAAUAAAAAAUCAUAAAUCAAAACUUUAAUAUUGGCAGAGACUUAAAGAUUUUAUUAAACUGUAACUUACACCGUAUUUUCCUCUCAAAAAAUUUAAUUAUUGUUCUGCAAAACUUUUUUACAAACGUAAUAAAGAUAUUUUUAGGUUUCCGACAUUUGCCCGUACUGUCCCAGCCGAGACCGAGAUCACCAAAGCGUUUAUGGCAUUGAUGAAGCAUUAUCAGUGGCAUAAAUUUACAGUAGUCUACGAAGGACGUCCGAACACAGACGAAUUGCUACAGUCCAUCAGAAAUGCAAUUGACGAAGAAAAUGAAAGGAUUGGACUUGAAGAUUCGAAUGAAAAUAAGUAUCAAAUUCAAAAUGUUACUGUAAUGCCGUACCCGUUUGAUCAGAUUCAGCAGAACAAAAAAGACCGUAUCCGUGACACUAUUUUAGAAACUAAGGACAACACACGAAGUAAUUAUUGGAAUUUUUUUUGUUUUAUUCGUAUUUCUUAAGUGGCAUUACAUAUAUUAAAUUUUUCAUUUGUUUCAGUCUAUAUCGUUUUCGGCGAUCCGUACAUGUUUCGCCAAAUAGUCAUCGAAAUGGGCGAUACAGGUCUAAUGCAAGAUGGAAACUAUGCUGCAGUAUAUUUGGACCCAGACUACAACUGGCUAAACGCUUAUCAUGCAAAUACUAAUCACUUUUUUAGAGGUUAAUUCAGUUUUUAUUAUUUAAAAAAUUAGGUUAUCUUACAUUGUAUUCGUUGUUUAAAUCUAUAAAAGUAAAAUUUGAAACAAAACCUUAAAAAAGACGUAUAAAUAGUAUUUAUUUCAGAUACUAUGGCAAACUUGAUCGAAAGUUUUGCCCAGAACUCGACAUCCCGAAAGAUGGCCAAUUUUUCAAAAUCUGUGUUGGCCAUAAUACCGACACCUGUUGCGCUACAAUCUGAAGAAUACAAAAACUUUUGGCGUGAAAACAACCAGUAUCUGAAGUUGUAUGGAACACACACAAACGUACAAAACAUGACUAUAAAACCGAAUCGUGUUGCUUGUUAUCUUUACGAUGCGGUAAUGUUGUAUGCGAGUGCGGCUACUGAGUACAUCAAGUCGGCCAACGUUAGUGCAGAAGAAGCUAUUGGACAUGGAGACAAAAUUACUCGUCGUAUACUGGGUAAAAUCUAUAGAAGUAAGUUUCUAAGCGCCAAAAAGUUAUAUAGAUACAGUUUUAAUUUUUAAGCUAAGAUAGUUAUUACUAUUUUUUCCACUCACUUUAUGUUAACAUUUUAGGUGUACAAGGCUUUGACAUGCGUAUAAACAAAAACGGUGAUGCCGAAGGAAACUUCACUUUACUUUCUCUACAACCUCUAGAGCCGUAUAAUGACGCUACUAGCCUGGAUUACUACCCAUUGUCUGCCGGGCUUGACGUCACUGCUGACUUCAUAGCAAAUGGAGAUGCCAGUGAAUUACCUAAGCUUCGGUUUCAUCGGCCCGUUUUAUGGCCGUCUGGAUCACCUCCUAAAGACGAACCAGAUUGCGGGUUUGAUGGUGCCAAAUGUCGCGAUGAAAGGGAAUACCGUAUUAGAUUAGCUUUGUACAUUGCUGCUGGUAUAUUUUUGUUUAUACUAGUCAUUUCGGCGGCCUGGGCUUACCAUCGGAAAACGUUUGAAGACAAAAUAUCUAACAUAUGGAGGAUUGAAGAACGUGAAAUAGAUAAGAUUGUUCACACCAACACUUCAGCAAAUUCGUUAUACUUGUAUGAUGCUGGAAGCCGCCAAAGCUUGUUAACGUAUGUUUUUGAAAAUUGUUUUUACUAAUUUAAAAGAUGGAAAAACUUACAUUUUUUAGAAUUAUCUUAUUUUGAAUAUACUGAAAAUCAUUAUUAAUGUGUUUCUCAAAAAUAGAACAAGAAAGUGACGUUUUUUUCCUUUUUAUACAGUAAUUAAAAGUUUUUAUUUCAUAUCGCAAUUACAGUCCAAAGGAUAACAACGUGACAGACAAACGUUUUAAUUCUCUUCGUUUUGUUGCUUUAUACAAAAAUGUAGCUGUGGCCGUCAAAGAAUUGAAUUACAAUAGAAAAAUGAAGGAACCUUCACGUGACACACGUAUUGAAAUGAAGGCUAUGGUACAACUACGGCAUGAUAACGUCAAUUCGUUCAAAGGCAUUAUUCUGCAACCUUCACAAAAUAAAAUCCUCGUCGUCCGAGAGUUUUGUCAAAAAAAUUCAUUAUUGGACAUGCUCAAGAACAAAGACAUUAAGCUAGAUCAUAUAUUUGUAACUUCUUUCGUCGAAGAUCUGAUCAAAGGCAUGAUAUAUAUUCACGAGUCGGAAGUGCGAGUCCACGGCAACUUAAAGUCAAGUAACUGUUUGAUAACGAACCGCUGGGCUUUGCAAGUGGCGGACUUUGGACUCCAUGAACUACGCAACGGAGUGGCUGCGGUCAGCGAAGAAGCCAAAUGGGAGAGCCGUCUCUGGAUGGCUCCUGAACUUUUAAAAAACAUUAGACUCUAACAACCCAGCUAAACCUACGCAAAAAAAGUGAUGUGUACUCGUUCGGCGUGAUUUUACACGAAAUCAUAACUCGUAAAGGACCAUACGAAGUAUAUAGUUGUACAAAUGGCACCACCGACGAAAUAAAAGCUAUUGUCGACAGAAUUUUGCGGCCGAAAGAAACUUCUGACGGCUAUGUUGUGCACCGACCAGACUUGAAAAACACCGAAUGCCAAGACUAUGUAAAAACUACGAUAUCAAUGUGUUGGGAAGAAGCACCAAUGGUACGACCAGACUUUAGACAUGCUAUUAGACAAAAACUUAAACCAAUGUCGGCGGGUAUUCAUAAACGCAACAUUGUCGACCAUAUGAUGUUGAUGAUGGAGAAAUAUCAGACAGAUUUGGAAAAUCUAGUAGAAGAAAGAACGGCACAGUUGAACAGAGAGAAGUGUCGUACUGAAAACCUUCUUCAACGCAUGUUACCACCGUCGGUCGCCGCUCAGUUAAUGUAUGGAGGAGAAGUGAAGCCGCAAUCCUUCGAUUUGGUUACAAUUUACUUCUCGGACAUUGUCGGAUUUACCAAUAUCAGUGGAAGUUCAACACCCAUGCAAGUUGUCAGUUUGUUGAAUAACCUAUACACAUUGUUUGACUCGGUAAUAAAACAGUACGACGUCUACAAAGUUGAGACAAUUGGUGAUGCUUAUAUGGUCGUGUCUGGCGUACCUCAGUUUAAAGAUGCCUUAACGCAUGGUUAUGAAGUAAGUAUUUGACAAGCGUAUGUUCGCAGUAAAAUAAGACAGAGAAAGGUUUUUAAACCAAUAAAAAUUUUUUCAGGUUUAUAUAUUUCUAAAACUACAAAACCAAAUUUAGGUAUGUAUGAUGGCUCUUCACUUAUUGGAUGCAUCACAUGCGUUUAAAAUACCACAUAUGCCUGAAGAAAAGCUGCGAGUACGUAUUGGAAUCCAUUCCGGACCUUGCGUUGCUGGAGUUGUUGGAAAAACCAUGCCACGGUAUUGUCUAUUUGGAGAUGCCGUGAAUGUCGCUAGCCGGAUGGAAAGCAAUGGCCUUCGUAGGUUUUAACAAUAACUUUUUAAUAAUUUUAAAAUUAUUAAAAUUAAUUGUCAACUUUUAAAAUUUACAAUUUUAGCCCACCGCAUUCAUAUUAGCCAAAAUACAGCAAACAUAAUCAGCGGGCUGUCCGAGUUUCACCUAGAAGAACGAGGUUUGGUUGAAGUAAAGGGAAAAGGACAAAUGCGGACGUACUGGUUAAGUAUAGCGUCGGAUCGCGUAUUCCCACAAACCGACAUAGACAAGCUACAAAUGGAACAAGACAAACUGGAAUAUUUCCCGUCUAGUAUUUUCGCCGACCGGGCUCAUGAUCUGAAAAUUCGAAAAGCUCCAGCCAAACCAAUGACAAGAGGUUUCAGUAGGUUCUUUAACCUUUUUUUACAAAGCUUAAAAGCAAAAUUGAGUAACAAGAGUUUAAAGCAGAAAUUGUAAAAUAUAUUUGUUUAGAAACAUUAUAAUUUUAAAUAAUGUUUUUUUUAAAUUUAAAAAACACUUUUUCAGCAAUGGAUGCUGAAGAUAUAUCUCGUUUGUCUCUGCUUAACGAAAGCCAACAAGUUCUUAACACAGAAGGUGGAGGGAUCCUUAAGCGCAUGUUUGCAAAAGUCACUCAACAUCCCGAAAAAUAUGGACCAUUGCCAACUCAAUCUCAGUCGUUCAUUCCGCCCACUACGACUAUGGCAGCCGAGGUGAAACGUGCGCUUCGAACCAACCGACCGCCCUCACCGACCAGGAUUCGUUUAGGAAAAGUUUUCGAAAGCAAUGAGGAAAACAUUGGCCUUUUGAAUAGCAGCUUUGAAUUUGACCAACUUAAAUCAGGUAACAUUAGGAAGAGCCGGGCCGGGAAAAAACGACCAGAAACCAUAGAUGAAGACUUUUUGGAGCAAAGGAAGAAAACGAGCCAAAGUACUAAUGAUAGUCUAGCUACUGCGGGUUCUAAAAGCGGAUCUCGCGAAAUACGCGAAGUAAAAGACAAACCUCCACGUAAACGCUCAUCGUCAGCUCCCGAAAUGGACAAGAUGGAACCGUUAUGGAGGCAGUACGAAAGCUUACAAUUAUAUCAACAACAAAAUGUAAGUGAAAUGCACGUUUAAAAAACUUUGUUUUAUAUGAUAGAUUAAUAAAACUAAAUACUUACCAUAGCACUGUUCAACUGCUAAUUUUACCAUUUGUAGAAGAUGAACGGUGAGCCUAACCAGUCAUUUGACUUAAGUUUGUUUGACAUAACCAGCAACAACACUCCACCAUUACAUCCACUUUAUCGGUCGGAUGAGUUGACUCCAAUUAACGAGAACUUAUCAGAUGACAAUUCGCACACAAUAAAAAACUGUUUAGACGAAUUAAAGGAAAACAAAAGCUCAUCAAGUCUACACAAAGUUGCAAAACGUAAGAAUGCGUUAGGGUAUUUCCCCGGUUUUUCUGGUGAUAUAAAAGCACUCGAGCAACUUCACACUGCAAACUCCCAUCAUAGUGCCAGAAGUCACGACUGUUCGGACGAAGAACGAGAAGCAAUGUUGAGCUCCACGCCUAGGUGCUACGACGACGCAUCGGAAAAAAGUCAUGCCUUGAAAAAAGGGAAUAAUGUCAUUGAAAAGGGUCAGCUCCCAAAAAAGACGGAACCUCACAGAAAACUUACGAUUGUCGACUCGGUAAUGCCGAAAAACCUACCUAAUAUGCACCUGCUAGCUAAUGGUACAAUUUACGGAGAACCUACCCCUGACCCGCCAAUGAUUCUCGACUUAGACGACGACGAAGACUUUGAGAUGCCGUUGAAAAAGUUAAGCGACGGCAGAAAUUGCCCUAAGAACGCAUACCCACAAAUCCGUAGUUACAAUUACGAAGACAGUGCCAGCAGAUACUACGAUAACGAUAUUGAUAUAGAAAAUGGUAACAUACAUCCAUUGUUAAGCAGUGGCGAAAGUAGUGGUUUUAUUGAGGAAGGUCACAAUGACAACACGCGUUUCCCCAAGCUGGAAUACUUAAGUGAAGACGAACCUGUAAUCAGGAAUCGAAGAAAUAGUUACAGCAACUGCAAAAGCCAGCACCAGGAUAGCUUGAAUAAUCUGACCACCGCUAACAACACACAAAAAAACCCCUCAAAAAGUGUAGUGUCAUUAACUUGGAAUGAUGUGUCACCUGGAUCUAAGACCACGAUAAAAUCAAAAAAUAAAUGUGACUCCGACAACAAAAAUAAAACAACAGCUUUCAAUGCAAACGAUAGACGGCAAAAUAAUACAAAUCCACCACAAAAAGACAUAUCGAUGGAGAAGCUGACUAGACUACUGAAGAAAAUGGACGAAGACACGGCCGAAUGUAAAACUAACAAAACCGUCCCAAAACGACCACCAAGACAGAAAGCGUAUAAACUAGCAGAGUUUGUAGUCCCGCCAAGACCAAAAAAGUCAAACGUUGUGUCAAAGAGUUACACAAUGAACAUUAAUGAAGUAAAGGAAGGAAAAAAUAUGGAAAAAACUCCAUUGACCAGCAGUACCGACACCAACAGUUCGGACGAUCAAAAUAAGCCAUUUAUUGUGGAUUUGACGGGGGUUUAA